UGUGCUGCCGGAGUGGAUGUGUAUACAGUCUCUCGCGCGCACUGACGAGCUGUUUUCGCUUGCAGAUCUGUGAUUGCGCGCACAGACGCGUGUUUUGCGCGCUCGCGACCGGACAGCGGAAUAGCGCUGCAAUGAUAUCCAUGGGCGGUGGACGAGGAAAAUGACCUUUUGUAAUAACGACGAGGGCUUGGGAUUUUCGUGCUCAACGCUGGAGUCAACACACUAUUUAUGUUGAUUUAGGAAGUCUCGGUCGGUCGCGCAGUUUGGACUUUUCUUUCCAGAAAUGGACCGCGUCAAGAGUUCAAUGCAGCAAGUCCCAAACCCGAUCCCCAAAGUGCUCAGCCGUCGCGCUGGUGGUGCCAACAGUUUGGAACUUGAAAAGGAAAACUUCGAGCGCAAUCAGGCAGUGAGCAUCAAUAAAGCCAUCAACACACAGGAGGUUGCUGUCAAAGAGAAGCAUGCCAGGACGUGUAUAUUGGGCACUCAUCAUGAAAAAGGGGCUCACACAUUCUGGCUGGCCGUCAACCGUCUGCCCCUGUCCAGCAAUGCUGUGCUCUGCUGGAAGUUUUGCCACGUCUUCCAUAAGCUGCUGCGGGACGGCCAUCCCAACGUCAUUAAGGACUCCAUGCGGCACAAGGCUGACCUAAAUGACAUGAGCAGGAUGUGGGGUCAUCUGAGUGAAGGCUAUGGGAAGCUGUGCAGCAUCUACCUCAAACUGCUCAUCACCAAAAUGGAGUUUCACAUCAAAAAUCCUCGUUUCCCAGGCAACCUUCAGAUGUCAAACAGACAGCUCGAUGAGGCGGGUGAGAACGACGUCAAUAAUUUCUUCCAGCUGACGGUGGAGAUGUUUGAUUAUCUGGAGUGUGAGCUGAACCUUUUUUUGGGUGUGUUCAGCUCAUUGGAUAUGUCUCGUUCUGUGUCGGUGACAGCAGCGGGUCAGUGUCGUCUGGCUCCUCUUAUCCAGGUCAUACUGGACUCGAGUCAUCUAUACGACUACACUGUCAAACUGCUCUUCAAACUCCACUCCUGUCUGCCAGCAGAUACUCUGCAGGGCCACAGGGAUCGCUUCCAGGAGCAGUUUAAGAAACUGAAGAGUCUGUUCUAUCGCUCCAGUAACCUGCAGUAUUUCAAGAGACUGAUUCAGAUCCCACAACUUCCUGAGAAUCCGCCAAACUUCCUGCGGGCAUCAGCCCUCUCUGAGCACAUCAGUCCGGUGGUGGUGAUUCCAGCAGAGGCUUCAUCCCCUGAGAGUGAACACGUGGUAGAGACAGAAGACCUGGUGGACACGGACAUCCCACCUUUAACAGGCACCGGGGACAGCAAGUUUGAUGACCUCUUCGGCACCUCAGCCGCCACAGACCCGUUCAACUUCAACAACCAGAACGGCAUGCGCAAAGAUGAUAAAGACCGUUUGAUUGAGCAGCUCACAGCAGAGCUACAGGCCCUGAAAGAGGAGCUGGAGUCCUUUAGGUUGGAGAGUGGUCGUCUUUGUCAAGCACUACGGGGGCGGGUCAAUGAGCUGGAGGCAGAGCUUGCAGAGCAGACUCACCUAAAGCAGCAGGCAUUGGGUGAGAGUGAGUUUCUGAGGGCGGAGCUCGAUGAUCUGCGGAGGGUUAAAGAGGACACAGAGAAAGAGCAGCGCAGCCUGAGCGAAUUCGAAAGAAAAGCACAAGCAAAUGAACAACGCUAUACCAAACUAAAGGAGAAAUACACAGAGCUGGUCCAGAGCCAUGCUGACCUGCUAAGAAAGAACGCAGAGGUGACGCGCCAGAUGACAGUAGCUCGUGCCGCACAGGAUGAGGUGGAGAAUGUGAAGAAAGAGAUGCAGGACAGAUUGAAAGUUGCCCAGGACUCCGCCAGUCAGCAGGAAAAGGCUCAGUUAGAGCAGCUUCAAGCUCUACAAGCCGAGCUCAUGUCCAGCAGAGCAGAACUAGAGACCCUGAAGAGCACCGUCACCUCCUCCCAACAGUCAACUGAGCAGCUCGGCACUCAGCUGUCUGCUCUAGUGGCUGAGAAGGCGGGGCUUGUGGAGACUGUUUCUCGAAAAGAAGUGGAGCUGUCUGGUUUGGGGGCGGAGUUAGAGCGUUUGCAGAGCAGUCUGACCAAUGAAAGAGAGAGCGGUGUGAAAGCUGCUGAGGCUCUGCAAAACCAGCUCAAUGAGAAGGAAAGUCGUGAGCAGGCUCUGGAGAGCGAGUUGGUCUCUCUGCGCUGGGCGUCUCUGCGGGCGGCUCUGGAGGAGGCGGGAAAGAUCGUGCAGGACAGCCUGAAUCAGCUGGAGGACCCCGCACACAUCAGCUGCACCAGUUCAGCCGAUUACCUGGUGUCCAGGUGCCAGGUGGCUCUGGACUGCGUGGAGAGGCUGCGGUUGUCCAGAGACGGCUUUGUAUCAGAUAACACAGAUGUGUCUGGACUGGUGCGGGCAGUGACUCAGUUCGCUCACCUGGUGGGCGAUGUCAUCGUCCAGGGCAGCGCCACCUCUCACAUGGUGCCAGUGGAGCAAGCUGACGCAUUGGCAGACAGCGUGAAGGCGUGUGGCGCGGAGGCCCUGGUGCUGCUCUGCCAGCUCAAGGAGCAGGAGUCUAUGGGGGCGGCAGACUGUAGCCGGCUGAGGGUGGCACUGGAUUCUGUCAAGGCCUUGGGCGAGAAGUUGCGUCCUCGGGGUCUGGAGCUGCAGCGGGAGCUGGGAGAUCUGGUGGAGCAGGAGAUGGCAGCCACAUCCGCAGCUGUGGAGUCCGCCGCCGCCAGGAUUGAGGAAAUGCUCAAUAAAUCCAGGGCAGUUGACACUGGAAUCAAAAUGGAAGUCAAUGAAAGGAUUUUGGCGUCCUGUACAGAUCUUAUGCAGGCCAUCAGAGUGUUAGUUCUGUCCUCCAAAGACCUGCAGAGGGACAUUGUAGAGAGCGGCAGGGGAGCUGCAUCUAUGAAGGAGUUUUACGCCAAAAAUUCCCGAUGGACAGAGGGUCUCAUUUCUGCCUCUAAAGCUGUGGGCUGGGGCGCAACCAUGUUGGUUGAUGCUGCUGAUCAGGUGGUGCAAGGAAAGGGCAAGUUCGAAGAGCUAAUGGUGUGUUCGCAUGAAAUCGCCGCCAGCACGGCUCAACUGGUGGCAGCAUCUAAGGUUAAAGCAGAAAAGGGCAGUUCAAACCUUUCUCGUCUCCAGCAGGCCUCUAAAGGGGUCACCCAGGCCACCGCAGGGGUCGUGGCAUCAACCAAGUCCGGCAAGUCUCAGAUCGAGGACACAGAAACAAUGGACUUUUCUGCAAUGACACUAACUCAGAUCAAGAGGCAAGAGAUGGAUGCACAGGUGUUGGUGUUGGAGCUGGAGACGCGGCUGCAGAAAGAGAGAGAGCGUCUGGGUGAACUGAGGAAGAAGCAUUACGAGCUUGCGGGUGUGGCGGAAGGAUGGGGAGGCGAGGAGGAAGGAACAGGUUGAUACUCAUUCUGAAUCGCGGCCCUACAGAUUGUGCGCUUGAAGUCUUUAUAUACACACUCUUUCCCUUCUCCCUUUUUAUUGUACUUUUUAACUCUUUUGAUUUCUUUUAUUGUACAUUAAAGCCAAAUAAAAGGUGCUUUUUUCUAACCUGCUCCCUCCCCUGCUUGUGGAGAUGCGAGGAGUGUGAGGAUAGUGUGCCACAAAUGAAGAAGGAAGUGGACGGCACCACCUAGUGGACAGAGAGGGAAGUACAAGCUGAACUGUCCGAGUGUUUCAUUUCCUCUUCCACCUCAUAUGGAAAUGGAGUAACUUCCCCUUCCCUGACUGUUUAGAACAAUCCCAUCUCCUCGUGAAACAUCCCAUGAUGCACUGCACAAGGGUGAGUCACCCCAUUUUGCAGGAAAUUACACUGUGCUGUCACCUUUUCACAAACAGCAGCGGUGUGCGACUUCCAGCACUCAAACGCAAUCCUUAAUGCCAUGUAGGAUCAUCCUCGUCUGGGUUUUUGAACUAAAAAGCGAGCGCUGGAUGGAGUAUUUGAUGACCCGCUAUGGACUAACCCGAAAACACUAGCAAACUCAACAGAUUUUUCUGUAUUCAGUAUUUUUUUAUGUUCACUUUUCCCUUGAUUAGGCAUUAAUUUUAUAAGAAACCCUACAUAGACUUAAUCCACAGGCUUUGAACUGUUUCACUUUUAGGGAGGAAACUGCUCAAUAGCUCAUCUAACGACGCGUUUCACCAACUUCAAGUCCAUGACUGAAUAUGAACUGACUGUUUUUGUGAGACCUCACAUCGGGCUAGAGCUUAUGGUUUUUAUUGUAAUCGUUUCUUCAGCACAGGUAGAUGAGGCACCAUAUUGUAUUAGUAAGGGUCUAUACAAUGGUCUCGUACGGUUUACACGCUGUUAAUAGGACAAUAUCUGUUAAUUCCUGUUGUCUUCUUCCAGCUCCUCAUCAGCGCACCCCUUCACACACGAGGCGAGGAGAGACAUCCGUGCCUUCCAAAAGGGAAAAGGGUCAAGGAUCACAUUCCCUCAAAAAGACCUUUAAAAUUGUGAUCUGAGCAGCGUUAGGACCGUGUUUUACAGUUGUCGUUUGGUAUUGCGAAGCGAGAUCAUGAAAUCAGUAAAAGCGUGUGUGGUGUGAGAA